AUGAUCAAGGUUGAAAACAUCUGCGCCAAGGCGCCGAUCGAGCUGCGCUUGGAAGAGGUGCAAGCGGCGGCGGCUGCGCUGGUGGCAGCGAGCGUGGCGGCGGCGUGUCAGGCGGAGCUGGGGGAUGGCGACGUGCGCAAUUUGGAGAGCAGAGAAAGUGAUGCGCGCGAGCGGCAAGGUCUGGAGGCCACGGCAGAAGAAAGAACAGCAGCGGCAGCAACCUCCGGCGCUAGAACCGACGUGCAAAAGGAGGCAGAAGAGGCGCCACCGCAUGCCGACGAAAUUGAAGAGGUGCGCAAUUUGGAGAGCAGAGAAAGUGAUGCGCGUGAGCGGCAAGGUCUGGAGGCCACGGCAGAAAGAACAGCAGCGGCAGCAACCUCCGGCGCUAGAACCGACGUGCAAAAGGAGGAAGAAGAGGUGCCAACGCAUGCCGACGAAAUUGAAGAGGUCGCGCCGGCGGUGCCGAGCGAGCCGAAGUGCGAGGAGACGACGCCCUUGGCGAAAGCGAGGUUGGAGAGGAAGGAGUCGAUGCUGUCCGUGCCGAGCCCAAGAAGACAGGAGGAAUUCAUGGCCAGCAACGAGGCGCUUCCUGGAAUGGUGGACGAGCUCGAGGUUGAGCCCAAAGUUGUGCCCUUCGGCAUCAUGGUCACGGACUCGGAGUCCCGGAAGAGCGUGGUCCUCCUGGAGCCGCCCAUCUUGGACGUGCCGCCGCCGAGGGACUCGGGCUCUGACACGGACUCCAACGAGGUCGAUAUGAUGCCCAUGAUCAAAGACACGGUGGAGGAUGCCGUUUGGGCAGCUUUCUCCCGAGACAAGGAUGCAUCUCUGAUCGACGCCUCCGAGGCCGAGAGUCGGGUCACGGAUGCCUCGAAGGUCAAGUCGCAGGAGGAGGUGCCAGAGGCGCUGACCUCGCUGACUCAGCCCUUCUCAGAGCUUCUCCGUUCAGAUGGUAUGCGUCCUGACUCACGUCAAUGCGAUGAGGAAAGAGAGAACCGGCCGCGCUCACGCCGUGGAUCUGACUCCACGAUCUCGCCAGAGCUGGCAUGGGAAGAGGAUGAGCGUACCAUGGAGCAGCUCACGCUGCAGAAGUCGCUACUGGAAGCUUUAGCAAUGGAGGUUGCAGAGGCCGAGACUGCUGAACAGCCAGAUGUGGGAGAGAAGCUGGCUCAAGAGGUGCUGGACUCCGCGGUGCAGGAGCUCGAGGCGAGCGAGCGGCGCUAUGGCUCCAACGUCUUCACGGCAACGGAGGUGGACUCUCUCCAAGAGAACGCGGACAAGCCGCCCUCGGGCCCAGCUUCAGAGGCACCAACAGUGUCACCCGAGUUGGCGCUGGAGGAAGACGACCAGCGAGUGGAGCAGCUGACGCUGCAAAAGUCGCUGGCCGACGCUUUGGCAUUGGCGGAGGUCGACAGGGAGACUACUCCGCGGGACCUUGCCUCGCGAGAGACCGCUCAGCGGGACGUGGCGACGCCAGAGAUGGAAGACACACUGGCUCAUGAGCUGCUCGAUACAGCGGUGCACAACAUCGAGCUUGAGGAGCGGCGCGCGACAGCUCCAACGUGCUCUCCCCCGAGGUGA